AUGGCGGGGCCGGGGCUCCUGGACGCGGCUGGGGCGUGCUCGCGAUCACUGUUCCUGCAGGACGAUGGCAGCCCCAUGAGGUUCUACGUGCGGCCGGGGCUGGCCAAGCUGCGCCUGGCACCGCUGGUGCUGGCGGGCGGCGGGCGGUUGUGCCGCGUACAGGAGCCGGGAGCUGUGCUUCUGGCGCAGCCCGGGGAGGCCGCGCCAGCCGGUGCGGUCUCCACCGAGUACGUGACAGCGUGCGUGGAGCGCAAGCAGCGGCUGCCCCUAGAGUCCUUCCGGCUGCCCGCCACGCCGAGCAGGCCUCUCGUCGUGAUCUCGUCGCGCGGGCGCCGGGCCUUCACGAAGGCGGAGGACACCGCGCUGCUGCGGGCUGUGCGCGGCCGCGCUAAGGCGCGGGUGUGCGGCCGGGCGCUCUGGCAGGAGCUGGAGCGGGCGGGGCUGACAGAGCACAGCUGGCAAGCCAUGCGCGACCGCUACCUACGGCACCUGCGGCCGCUGCUCGGGGGGCCCCAGCAGAUGGAGGAGCCCGCACAAAGCACGGGUGUUUUCGAGGCAGCGAAUCAGGAGUUCGAUGGCGCGGAGUCAGGAAGUGACACUUCAAACAUUUCACAAGAACUUUCUACAGAAGUUGGAGAAGGAAAGUACCCAGAAGAAACAGCAUCUGGCUUGCAAACUGGAUUGCAGGAGUGGGUUCUCCCUGACACUCAGUUACAAGGACCAACAAGCACUUGCUCUUCUUCCAGUGUGGUAGAAGAAGCAGUAAAAACUAUGCAGUACUUCAUGAAGAAGUUCAGCAUGGACCUGCACACUGUUACACAGGCCUUUCUGAAAAACACUGGUGACGUGGAAGCUACUUCAUACUUUCUGCAGACAGGACAGCGCUUGGAUGGGUACCCUGUGUGGAGCAGAGAGGAUGAUUUGGAGUUGCAAAGAGAUGAUGAACAUGUCAGAAACAAAUUGAUAACAAAAUUUGGAGCUGAAAAUGUAGCAAAGCGGGUGGCAUUUAGGAAAAGUUAGAUAGCAAAGCAGAGGAGACUCU